CCGAAGAUGGCGGAGAGUUUGUAGAGGCGUUAAAAAGAAACUGCUCUGCUCUGUGAAAGCGUCGACGCCGGUGAUGUUAAGACAUUGAAGAGACACGAGACCCUGAAUGGAGCUUGACUGGGGCUUGUACUGGCCGAGGUGCUGAUAUGUGAUGAGGAUGAGUGGCGUUGGAGACAACUCGUUGGAGCCGCUGUGCUCCGACCGCAAACGUAAACUGUCCACAUGUGACACACCAGGUUUAGGGUGUGACAAGCGUCGGAGGGAACAGGAGAGCAAGUACAUCGAGGAGCUGGCUGAGCUCAUCUCUGCCAACCUCUCCAACAUCGACAGCUUCAACGUCAAGCCUGACAAAUGUGCCAUCCUCAAGGAGACCGUGAGGCAGAUCCGACAAAUCAAAGAGCAAGGAAAAAGUUCAUGCAGUGAUGACGAUGUCCAGAAGGCGGAUGUGUCCUCCACUGGUCAAGGGGUCAUUGACAAGGACCAUCUGGGGCCGCUACUCCUACAGGCCUUGGAUGGCUUUCUGUUUGUGGUGAACCGAGAUGGCAACAUAAUAUUUGUGUCAGACAAUGUGACCCAGUACCUGCAGUACAAGCAGGAAGAGCUGAUCAAUACCAGUGUGUACACCAUCAUCCACGAUGACGACCGGGAGGAGUUUCACAAGAAUCUGCCCAAGUCCAACGCACCAAAUGGGGCAUCAUGGGGUGGAGAGGUGCCCCGGCAGAAGAGUCACACCUUCAACUGUCGCAUGCUAGUGAACUUUGUUCAUGGUCAGAGUCAUGGGUUGUCGGAUGAGAGACCUGGAGGCCAACGCUAUGAGACCAUGCAGUGUUUUGCCCUCACUCAGCCCCGGGCUAUGAUGGAGGAGGGAGAAGAUUUGCAGUCUUGUAUGAUUUGUGUGGCGCGACGCAUCACAGCAGUAGAGAGAACAGAGAGGUUUAGUACUCGCCAUGAACUGUCCGGUAAACUGAUUGAAAUCGAACACCAGAGCUCUCUUCACACGACUAUGCGCCCAGGCUGGGAGGACCUGGUGAGGCGUUGCAUGCAGAUGUUCCUCCAACACAGUGAGGGCCAACCGUGGUCCUACAAACGCCACUAUCAAGAGGCUUUCCAUAAUGGCCACUCAGAGACCCCACUCUACCGCUUUUCACUCUCUGAUGGCACCCCAGUCACAGCCCAGACUAGGAGUGACCUCUGCAGGAAUCCCAACACCAAUGAGCCACACUCUUUCUUGUCCACACACCUGCUUCAAAGAGAGCAAAAUGGUUAUCGUGGAAACCAAGGCAUGAGGCCUCAAAGCAUGGGUGUGAACAACCCCAACCAACAGAUGAACACGGGCCCAGGAGGAGGCAUGAACAGGGGCUAUGGCAUGGCGGACCAGGCCAACAUGCCACACAGAGGAAUGACUCCAUAUGCUGGGGGCAAUCGCAUAAAUCAGAUGAGUCCCAUGCAUCAGAUGAACAACGUCGGUCAAAUGAAUUCCAUGCAUCCAAAUAACUCGAUGAACCAAAUGGGGCCCAUGAAUCAGAUGGGCCACCAUGGCAUGCACCAGCAGCAGCACCAACAUCAACAGAUGGGUCAGUUCCAUGGAGGAGGAGGUGGACCUGGAGGUGGAGGGUACGGCAUGGGAAUGACCAGCCCCCCCCAGGGCAGUCCAGGGAUUAACGGCCCCCCACACAAUGUCAUGGGCUCACCCAGAGUCCUAGGAAGCCCCAAGAUGGCUGCUAGCCCCUUCUCUCCUGGUGGUAUGAACUCUCCCAUGAGCUCCAGUCAUCCUGGUCACCCUGGUAACUCUGGAGGGGGAGGCACCACCUUUUCCAGCAGCUCCUUGAAUGCCCUCCAAGCCAUUAGUGAGGGAGUGGGCAAUCCGAUGCCCUCCCCACUCACCUCUCCUGCCCCUCACAAACCUGACAGCUCCCCAAGCAUCAACUCCACCAACCAGUCUUCAGGUGGACCGUGUAAACCUGGCCUCCCAGCCUACUCUGACUCUAAGAGCCCAGGCAGCUCAUUGGGGGCUGGAUUAGAGCAGCAGUCACAGCAGCACCCACACACUCCUACCAGCGAGGGGCCUCCUGACAAGCCGGACAGCCAGGUCAGCAGAGAGAUGGGUCCGACCGGUGGAGAAACCGGUCGACGGGUCCCUGACGGCAGAAGUCACAAGAAACUUCUGCAGCUCCUCACAUCCCCAACAGAUGAGUUGGUGCCACCUAAUCACACAACAAGCUCUGGACCCACCUCCUCGCCUGAGACUAAAGAUGGAACAGCAGGUGUCACCAGCCCCUCCUCUUCAACAGGAGUGUCCUCCUCUACGUGCGGAAAUCAUGGCGCUGUGUCCUCCUCUGGUGGCGCCGGACAUUUAUCGAGUCAGUCGCUGCAGGAAAAGCACAAGAUCCUCCACAAGCUCCUCCAGAACGGGAACACUCCUGAUGAUGUGGCUCGCAUCACAGCCGAGGCCACUGGGAAGAGCAGCUUGGAUUCAGAGCCUGGGCCUGCUGCUCCUGCAGGAGGUAGGGGGUCCGAAUCCAAACAGGAGCAGCACAGCCCUAAGAAGGAGAAGCCUCACGCGCUCCUUCACUACCUCCUCAAUAAAGAUGACACAAAAGAGGGUGGAGAUGUCAAGCCAAAGCUGGAGGAGCUGGAGGGGAGAGGACCUCAGGGGGCAGGGGUUACCAGCUCUGAUCCCCACUGCAUGGAGGGAAAGGUCAAAUUAGAGCCAACUGAAGAGACGGAAACUCUGGAGACCAUCCUUGGUGUCCCAAGGAACCACUCUGGCUUCUAUCCUGAAGCAGACUCCAGAGUAGGGAAGGAAGUGGGAAACAAACAAGGAAAUCUUCCUGACAGUUUACAUGAAGGGGAGAAAGGCCCCCUACCGCCAGGUCAGCGUAGUGUCUAUCAAAGAGCCUUGUCCAUGGAUGCCAAGCCCAUGGGUGCAGAGGGGCCAGUAGGAGGCGGGCUAGCUGUGAGAAGGAACGUCCCCUGUCCCACAUUGGUCAAACAGGAGAAUGUGGAUGCUCCAAUCCGACCUGGGGGUGUUCCUAAUGGCUUUCCUGGAGGGAUGGGAGUGUGUCCACCGCGGGGAAAUCCAAGAGGAAUGGGCAGAGGUAUGGGAAUGCCCCAGCGCCCUCCCAUGGCAGGGCCAGGGGAGUGGGGGAUGCCGAGGUCUAGCGUCAGCCCUACAAUUGGACCAGGACACCCGGGCAUGGGUCGCUCUGUCCCAAUGGGAGGUCCCAUGAUCAACCGCUCCAACAGUGUACCUGGAAACACCAGGUCCAUGCUGCAGCAGCAGCUCAUGGAUAUGGGUACCAGUGAUGCCAGUAUUGGCAUGAGCCCGUUUCGUGGACAUGGACCUCAGCCUCGGUCCCCCUCUUGGCCAGACUCUGCUAUGGGAAUGGACCGACCACAGAUUAAAACAAACAGGGAGCAGUUUGCUCACCCCCUGCAUGAGUUGCUGGGUCCCCUGACCAACAGCGAAGGCCCCAGUGAUGAGCGAGCACUUCUGGACCAGCUAGACUCUCUGCUCAACACGGCUGAUGUCAGUGCUCUGCAGGAGAUAGACCGAGCCCUUGGCAUCCCUGAUAUAGUCGGCAAGACCCGCAGACCUGAAGGUCACCCGCAGGAUCCAGGUCGCGGUCCAGGUCGAGGUCCAGGUCGGGGUCAGUGCCCACCAUCGGAGCCUUUCCCAGUGCCCCCAGAGUCACCCAUAGGCAUGGACAAAAAAGCCAUGUAUGGACAGGGCUACCCUGGCACCCCAGGCCCCCCCUCCGUGGGCAUGCAAGCUGGUUACGGCAGCAACACAAUGCAAGGCCAGUCUCCCGCAGGCUUCAACCCUAUGAUGAAUCAGAUGGGCCAAACCGGGAGCUUCCCAGGCAUGGGGGGUAUGGGCAACCCCCGUGCAAACAUGAUGAGACCUCGCAUGAUGGCCACCAAGCCUCUCCGACUGCAGCUACAGCAGAGGCUGCAAGGACAGCAGUUUAUGAACCAGACCCGACAAGGCAUGAAGAUGGAAAACGUCCCCGGAGUAAAUCCUGCCAUGCGUCAAGGCAUGCAGCCUGGCAUGCAGCCCGGCAUGCAGCCCAGCAUCCAACCCGGCAUGCAGCCCGGCAUCCAACCCGGCAUGCAACCCGGCAUGCAGCCCGGCAUCCAACCCGGCAUGCAGCCCGGCAUGCAGCCCGGCAUGCAGCCCGGCAUGCAACCCGGCAUCCAACCCGGCAUCCAACCCGGAAUGCAACCCGGAAUGCAAAAUGCAGGCAUGGGUGGUCAGCCUGGUUCCCUCAACGCUCAGAUGAUGGCUCAGCGCAGCAGAGAGAUGAUGACCAUGCAGAUGAGGAGGCAGCGGAUGAUGAUGCUGAUGCAGCAGCAGCAGCAGCAGCAGCAGCAACAGCAGCAGGGGCAGGGAGCAGCAGGAGGCUUCAGCCCUCCCCCGAAUGUCACUGCACCAGCAGGCAUGGACCACCCAAUGGGAGGACCCCCUCUAAACCAACCUGGACAGCAGGGCUUCAACUAUGGAGGCAGCUAUGGGAUGAACCAGCAGGGGGAUCCAUCUUUCAUGGCUCCAGGUAGCAGGUCACCAGGAAACUUGAUGCAAGGACGAAUGGGGGGGCCUCCUCAGAACACCGUGACACCAGGGAUGCAAGGAAACCCACAGGGAGGGCCCAUGUACGCAUCUGGUGACAUGAAGGGCUGGCCACAGGGAGGCAUGCCUCGGAACAACUCAUACUCACAGCAACAAUACCCCCAGCAAAGCAACCAGGGCCAGUUUGGACCCAUGAUGAUGAACAACUCCAUGGCUGGACCGGGGCAGGUCAGCGGGGCCGGGGCAGGACAGUUGGGCCAGAUUCAAGGUCAGAUGCAGGGCCAGAUCCCGGGCCAGAUCCCGGGCCAGAUCCCGGGCCAGAUGCAGGGCCAGAUGCAGGGCCAGAUGCAGGGCCAGAUGCAGGGCCAGAUGCAGGGCCAGAUGCAGGGCCAGAUGCAGGGCCAGAUGCCAGGCCAGAUGCCAGGCCAGAUGCAGGGCCAGAUGCAGGGCCAGAUGCAGGGCCAGAUGCAGGGCCAGAUGCAGGGCCAGAUGCAAGGACACAUGGGCAUGAACUCCAUGGGAAUGGGUAGAAUGCCAAUGGGACCUGAUCAGAAGUAUUGCUGAGGACCUGUGGAUGGCAGCAGAAACCGGAGCCUUUCACCUGUAGCAAAGUGGCCCGGGCCACGAGAAGAGCUGGGCCUACACACAGACACACACACACACACACAC